UACGCCCAUGGACGUCAGUAUAAAUUAACCAUUGUCUAUUAAUCUUCUGGUAAACUGGUCCCGUCGGCUCAUGCCGGAUGUGACGCAGUGAAAAUGUGACUUCCCGGACAUUGAAGCGGACUGAACAGAAAGUGGAAGACAGUGAAUCGCAAUGAACACCCGAGGACUCCGCUCUCAGCUGAAAGACAGUAUACCUGUGGCAGGCCUCUGUCCUCAGGGACAGUAUGGGGUCCAGGACUCUCUGCGGAGCGGCUUCACUAGUGCCAAGAAUGAGCUCCUGCCCAGCCACCCCUUGGAGCUGUCAGAGAAAAACUUCCAGUUGAACCAGGACAAGAUGAACUUCUCAACUCUCAGAAACAUCCAGGGUCUUCAUGCUCCUCUCAAACUGCAGAUGGAGUACAGAGCAGCCAGACAGAUCCAGCGCCUGCCGUUCUUACCAAGUUCAAACCUGGCUCUGGAUACACUGCGAGGCAGCGACGAGUCCAUUGGCUUCGAGGACAUCCUGAACGAUCCAGCCCAGAGUGAGAUGAUGGGAGAGCCUCACAUGAUGGUGGAAUACAAACUAGGACUGUUGUGAAGGAAAACGGAUCCACACACGUUUAGUUCUUUAUUUUGGUUUGUAGUUGGUCUUCUGGAUGGGUGUGAGGGAGGGGAGACCAUGUGAAUUAAUCCAAUGCAAGCUGUUGUUUCUAAUAAACUUCAUAACCUUCA